GUGGUUGUGGUUUCAGAGGUGGUGAGGGAGGAUGCAGCAAGUCCUCGUCGAGCGAUCCGAACGAGCGUCGGGACAGUUGACCGCGGCGCGCCAAAGGCGGUGUUUGCUCCUCCGGGAUUACUCGUCAAGAGGAAUUAACCUAACAAUACUCAGACUUCAAAAUGCUGACCAAGGCUUACGCGUCAUUGGUACUGGCUGUGGAUGUUGUUGUGGCUCUGGUCAAACUCAUCCUAAUUCUUUUGGAGUCUCUGUUCCGUCUGGUUGUGCCCGUCGAGCAGAAGUCGAUCAAGAAUGAAGUUGUCCUGGUUACUGGAGCUGGACAGGGCAUUGGAAAAGAACUGGCCUACCAGCUGCACGGCCUAGGCGCCAAACUGGUGCUCUGGGACAUGGACGGGGUCAAGUGCGAGCAGGUGGCCAAGGAAAUCAAGUCAAUGGGAGGAACGGCAGCCUCCUUCUGCUGCGACGUCACCGACAGGCAAAAGGUUCUGGAGUUGGCCAAGCAGGUCAAGCAAGAGGUUGGUCCCGUCACGAUUUUGAUCAACAACGCUGGCAUUAUGCCCUGCAAGCCUCUUGAAAAACACACCGAAAACGAAAUCCGCAAGAACUUCGACGUCAACAUUAUUUCACACUUCUGGAUGCUGGAGGCCUUCCUUCCAGACAUGCGUGCCGCCGGCCGUGGACACAUCGUCGCCCUUUCCUCGAUGGCCGGACUUUGCGGCCUGCCCAACUUGGUUCCAUACUGCGGCGCCAAAUUCGCCGUCAGAGGAAUGAUGGAGGCCUUGAGGGAGGAGUUCAGGCAAGACCCUAAGAAGCCCGACAUUCAACUGACCACCAUCUACCCAUUCAUUGUCGGCACCGGCUUGGUCCACAAGCCCAGAAUUAGGUUCCCUUCCCUGUUGGGCAUUGUGUCUCCCAAGAGCGCCGCCAGCCACAUUAUUCUCGCCAUGAGGAGGAAUCAGAACGAGAUGACCAUCCCUCGUGCCCUCUUCCACAUGAAUAAUGUCACGAGAAUUCUUCCGAGCAAGAUCGCCGACGUGAUGCGCGACGUGAUCGACAGUGGAUGCGAUUCUCACGAGUGAAGUGAAUUAAACUUGAAGUGCGCCAAAGACAAUUUUUGACGCAUUUUGCGUGUUUGCUCCACCAGAUAUUUUUUAGAAUUAUGUGUAUUUAUUUUGCGUCGAAAAUCCUCUCGCCACGUUACUCUAACAAAAAUCAAAUCGCCAAAUUUGAUUGAAGGUGGAAUAACAUGGUAAUGAAGAGGCUGCGUAUGUGUCUCUGUGACGUUGCGCGCCGAGAUUGGUAAUGCUGUUGAAUUUGGAGUCUGCGACUUUUGCACUUUGAGGUUAGUAGAACCUGACGAGCUAAAAGGUAGAUAUUUUUAUUUAACUGCGGGAAUCCAACCUGUAAUUUGUUCCUUUCGAAACACUAUAAAUUAAAAAAAAAAAAAAAUGUAGAAUUUUGCAAA